GACGUUUAUUUUCCCCUCCCUGUUAGUGCGGAGACGUUCAAGCUCAGCUGCGGUCGAUUCUAGUCCCAUCGACAGCAGUCGCGUCCGCGUGUCGCUACCGAACACUACCCCCCACCCUCCCGUCAGAACUUCACCUUUCACGGCCCACGAAUGAAGAUUGAGCGGUAUGCCAAAGGACAAAUAUGAUCCUCCGGAUCCUCGCCGAUGUUACACCAUCAUGUCAGCUGAGGAGGCAGCCAAUGGGAAGAAGUCUCAGUGGGCCGAGUUGGAGAUAUCCGGGCGAGUACGGAGUUUGAGCAGCUCGCUGUGGACGCUGACGCAUCUGACGGCGCUCCACGUCAACGACAACAACCUGACGCGCAUCCCGCCCGACAUCGCCAAGCUGCCCCAUCUGGUCUACCUGAACCUGUCUUCCAAUAAGCUCCGCAGCUUGCCUGCGGAGUUGGGCAACAUGGUCUCUCUCAGGGAACUGCUUUUAAACAACAACCUUUUACGAGUUCUGCCUUACGAACUCGGCAAGCUCUUCCAGUUACAAACGCUGGGGUUGAAAGGAAACCCUUUGUCACAAGACAUCCUCAACUUGUACCAAGAGCCCGACGGAACACGCACGCUUUUAAACUACAUGCUGGACAAUCUGGCUGUGCAUCCGGAGCAUCUCCCUCAAAGGCCGUGGAUCACCCUGCGAGAACGUGACCAGUCCGUCCCCACAGCCGCCUUCACCGUCAUGUGCUACAACGUGCUGUGCGACAAGUACGCCACCCGGCAGCUGUACGGCUACUGCCCCUCGUGGGCGCUCAGCUGGGAGUACCGCAAGAAGGGCAUCAUGGAGGAGAUCAACAGCGGCGACGCCGACAUUGUCAGCCUGCAGGAGGUGGAGACGGAGCAGUACUACGCCUUCUUCUUGGAGACGCUGAAGUCGCGAGGCUACGACGGCUACUUUUGCCCCAAAUCUCGAGCCAAGCUGGUGUCGGAACAGGAGAGGAAGCACGUGGACGGCUGUGCCGUUUUCUUCAGGACGGACAAGUUUACUUUGGUCCAGAAACACACGGUGGAGUUUAACCAGGUGGCAAUGGCUAACUCGGAAGGCUCCGAGGUGAUGCUCAACAGGGUCAUGACCAAGGACAACGUCGGCGUGGCCGUGCUGCUGGAGGUCAACGAGGACUUGUUCUCCGGGGGCGCCAAGUCGUCGUCGCCGGCGAAGGCUCUGGUGCUGGUGGCCAACGCCCACAUGCACUGGGACCCCGAGUACUCGGACGUCAAGCUGAUCCAAACCGUCAUGUUCCUUUCGGAGCUCAAGAGCAUCGCCGAGAGGGCGGCGGGUGAGGCGGGCGCCUCUGCCAUCCCCAUCGUGCUCUGCGGCGACCUCAACUCACUGCCUGACUCGGGCGUGGUGGAGUACCUGAGCAACGGCGGCGUGGCCGACAACCACAAAGAUUUCAAGGAGCUGCGCUAUGACGACUGCCUCAGCAAUUUCAGCUGCAGCAACGGCGCCAGCGUCAAUGGCGGCAAUGGCGCCAACAGCGGCGGCAGCGUCACGCACAGCUUCCAGCUCCAGAGCGCCUACGACAGCCACGUCAUGCCUUACACCAACUACACGUACGACUUCAAGGGCGUGAUUGACUACAUCUUCUUUUCACGCACACACAUGAACGCGCUGGGCGUGCUGGGUCCGCUUGACGCCACCUGGUUGUCCGACAACAACGUGACUGGGUGCCCUCACCCCCACGUGCCCUCGGACCACUUCUCCCUGCUGGCCCAGCUGGAGCUGCGACCCCAGCCGCCCUCCACCUCGUCCUCGUCCUCGUCCUCGCCGCCGUGCCAGCUCAACGGCCUCCACCUGCCCCUAGUCCACAGGUAGGACUACCCAAUCAAGUGGAAGGAGACACCUUUAUUUUUUAACAGCCACCUAAAGGACACUGUACAGUUUCAUACCGAGAUAUCUUCUUUUAGAAGUCUUCGCCUGAUGUUGCACACUGACAUUUUUUUUAAUUUUCAUUUUUCUCCCCUUCAUAGAAGUCAAAUUUAAACACAGUGACCUCGAGAGUAUAUUUGAAACGUACUUGCAUUAACAAACACUGAAAUAAUGGUGUUUGUCUUUGCCACGUGACACAAAAUCAGUUGUCUUGAUUGUGAUAGACAUAUACAUGCUUUUGUUUUCUGUUUUUCUUCAUUUAUUUAGUGUGGCCCAAAUAUUCUUCACUUCUGUUGUUUCAUGACAAUUUUUGAGUGUGUCAUUUCAAGUUGCAGUACUGUCACUUUAGGCCAAAUAUGAAGUGUUGCAUUCAAAGGCAGAAUAUUGGAUAGAAUAUUUCAGCGCCAACAUCAUCAGAAAUGAAAACUACGUAGCAUGAAAAAUUUCUGUCAUCUGAAAAAUGUUAUUGUUUAUCUUUAGUAUUAAUCAAAUCACUGCCACUUUGACAAUGCCUAACUUUGGGAAAUAUUUAAGAACUGUCCAUACAAUUGAUUCAACAAGUCUCUGAAGAUUCUCACAUUUUACUACCUUGUUGGAAAAACAUAAAUUCAACCAGCACACAAAGUUUUAAAUUUUUUAAAAGUAGAAAAUAUGGAAUUAAAAAAAAUGUGUGGCUGCACUCGGUCA